UUGUAAUUGUAAGUUGUAACCCAAACCCAACCCACCCACCCCACCGGAGAGAGCCGAUAAAAGAGAAGCAUUUCCACUUGUUGGGUUGUACUCCAUCUUAAAAAAGUGUUGCAAGAUUAUAAGUAGGUAGAUAGAAAUGGCAUCAAGCUCCAUGAAGUGGAGUGCUAAGGAGAACAAGGAUUUCGAGAGGGCGUUGGCGGAGUUUGGGGAGAACAGUCCGGACCGGUGGGGCAAUGUGGCGAGGGCGGUGGGCACUCGCACACCGGAGGAGGUGAAGGCCCACUACCAGAUCCUCCUCCAAGAUGUCAAACAUAUUGAGAGCGGCAAAGUUCCCCUUCCCACACACUGGAACGUCUCCAGUUCCAGCUCCGACGAGGACGAGAAGCCGAAAGUGGGUUGAUGGAGUGGCGGUGUUACCGUGUAGUAGAGAAACAAUUAAUUAAAGGUGGAUCAUAUAUAUAUAUAUAUAGGCAUGUUAAUGUGGGAAAUCACGAAUUAUGUGAGUCUUGAUGAUUCGGGAUUGGCCAACUUGCAUGCACUUUCAACUUAUCUAUGUUUAAUCUACAUUGCAUGCCCUUUUAUUAAUUAAUCUUAUUCUUCGCGAUC